CCCGAAAUUUGGGUUUUGUUUUGUUUUGUUUGUUUUUUUAUCUGGUCUGGCCGAUGGACUAAGUAAUUGUGGACAGAAGUCGGAUCGAGGACGAGCUCGAUUAGAAAACGUGUACAAAACCAAUGGGGGCUGUUGAAAAAAAAGGAUGAACAAAAGAUCGAUGGUUCGUGAUGAACAACAGGAUAACCUCGAUUUACACCAUCAACAAACCUGCUCGGACUACCAUACGUUACCGGCGACAUGAGUAGAAAAUACCUUGUACAUGUACCGCAGUCUGUAUUGCAAUCCUCGGCCCGCCAUGGUCAUCGUCUCGGGACCGCAGUUAGACGAUGCCCUUGAGUUCAUCGGCAAAUACGGCCGAUAUCAGAUCGUCACCAGCGUCAUCGUCACCAUCCUCGGAGCGUGGUUUCCGGCUUGGCACAUGAUGGGGCUGAUUUUCAUGGCGGACAAACCCGAGUCCUACGAAUGCGUGCGAUGGAGCGCGGCCACGGAGGAGCAGCGUUGGAUGCAGGGGGGAUAAACGCAGCAUCGCUUGGCGGUGCUGAUCAGGAAAACACGGUGACUCAUGAUUUCAGUAAUCAAACAUUGCCAGACGCUUCGAAUUUGGAAUGCACGGCAGAGGACACCGAAUCUGCAUCAAUGGGCUCUCUCUGCACAGAGUGGGAGUAUUACGCAGUGUAUAACGAAUCCACCAUUGUUACCGAUUUUGAUCUUGUCUGUGACCGUACAAUACUGGCCGAAACCGCGCAGUCUAUCUUCCUAGUCGGCAUGCUCGUGGGUUCGGUAGUGUUCGGCUACCUUUCGGAUGUGUUCGGCAGAAAGGUCAUCCUGCUCGGCACUUGCCUGGCUAACGGUGUGUUCGGCAUUGUGGUGGCGUUUCUGUGGAGCUACACAAGUGUUGUGAUACUCUGGUUUCUGAUCGGAAUGUUUGCACAGGGCUACAACCAGGUCCAAUUCGUCAUGAUAAUGGAGUUGUUCCCAACGAACUCUCGAACCUUGGCAGGAAGCCUGAACUCAAUGUUUUGGGGCUUGGGUGUGGUGGCGCUCACACCAAUUGCUUACGCCCUACGCAACUGGCGACACAUGCAGCUGGCCAUAUCCGCACCGUGUUUGCUGGCGAUACCUCUGUGGCCGAUUUUGGACGAAUCUGCGCGGUGGUUACUAUCCAAAGGCCGCAUCGAAGACGCCCAAAAGAUCCUCCACAAGAUGGCGCGUUGGAACGGUGUAGCGCCCCCUUCCGGCGGGUUCCUCAUUAAAGAGACAACUAUUGAUCCGCCAAGUUCCGAGCUGAGUAAUUCGCUUGACCCAGUGUUACCUACGCCAAGUGAAAAGGAGUGCACGUUCCUUGAUGUCUUGAGAACUCGUAGGGUCCUGUUGAACUUGUGCAUCAUCUAUUUCGCAUGGAUAAAUAAGUCGAGCGUUUGUUUCUUUAGGACCUACUAUGGCGCAUCGCUCAAUAGCUCCAAUCUAGCCGGCAACAAAUACACAAACUUCUUGUUUCUCGGUUUGGCAGAAGUGCCUGGAUACAUCAUCAUCCACUUCACAAUGACGUGGUGGGGGCGCCGUCCAUCUUUAUGUCUCUUCUUUUUAGUUUCCGGAGCUGCGAGUAUAGUCACAGCAUUUCUGCCGGAACAGACAGCGGACGGCACCGAUUUGACCAUCGUAAUCACUGUCGUCGCCAUGUUGGUCAAACUCUGCAUCGUCUGCGCAUAUGCCAUCAAUUUAAUUUGCUGCACGGAGAUUUUGCCCACGUCUGUAAGGAAUAUAGGUUUUGGUGUAGGUGCUGUGUGUGGAAGUGUGGGCUUGAUAACGGCUCCCUUCGUGAUAUAUUUGGAUGAUUUUGCGUCUUUCCUUCCGCUGACUCUUUUCGGAGGGUUGUGCAUCCUGGCGGCCAUCUUGGUUCCGAUUCUUCCCGAAACCGGAAACAAGCCGCUUCCAGAGUCGCUGGAAGAUGCAAGAAAUAUCGGAAAGAAAGUACAGAAAACUCCGGAACCGAAUACAGCGGUAUGCACACCCACAACCGAUGCGAAGAUCGAAGAUGGUUCCAAAGUCGACGCACUUUAAUCGAUUCUUUUUACGCGAAUCGAAUCUCUUUGAAAUAAAAUUAUUCGGAUAUAUAUUUUUUUAAACCGAAUAAAGCAAUAGUAUAUAGAGCAGGUGUGAUGUCGAUGCUGAAGAUGCAUUAUCGAUAUUGGGAAAUGUAUCUGACGAUCAGUAAUUUGAUCGAUAUUAUAUUUUGUCAUUUAGCAAUCAGUAUUACCUUUUACUGACGUAUAUUUAUUAUCACUGUAUACUAAAUGUUGACCGAGAGCUUCCAAGGAAAGCAGGGGAAAAAAACAACUACCCGGGUAGAAUUCGAACUCCCGACCUCCUGCUUAGAAGUGCAGAUGUUUUACCACUCGACCACCGAGCUUGAAGGGUUCGGAUGUCUUCAGAACACUUUUCUCCAAACAGUUUAGAAAUGUGUCUGGAUGCAAGAGGAGUUUUAGUCACUAUUCAAAGACCAACAUUUUUAAAGCUUUAGGCAACAAUCAUGAAUUUGUUGAGAGAAAAAUACUUACAUAUUUUUAAUGAUUUCAUCCCAAAUUCUCGACGCAUUUUUUCUUUGAAACAGCACAUUUGUCCAGAAGUCGAGUUGGAAUGUGUUGUAGGGCCCUUUAGGCACCUUCUCUUCAACUUUCAAGCAAUUUCAUUCACCCAAAAAUUGAAGAAAAAAAAUGCAAGGGGUUAGCAUUCCAUUUUUGAUCAAAAUUGGCCAAAAUAAAUGUCUCCAAACAAUUCAGAAAUGUAUCCGGAUGUAAGAGGAGCCGCAAUUAAUAUUAAAAGACCUGAAUUAUGAAGAUUUGGGCAGAAAUCAUCAAGUUUGUCAGAAUUUUAAUUAUUUUUGACAAGUUUUCCCAAAAGUUUCGACACUUUUUUUCCCUUUAAAACAACACCUCUGCAUGUCCAAAAGUCGAGUUGGAAUGUGUUCUAGCACCCUCCCUCCAAGUAUCCAGCAAUUUACUUUUUCGGCCAAAAUUGUAAAAAAUUCAUGUUGUUUGCCUAAGUAGGGGUGUUAAUAAAAAACAUUAUGAACAUGAUUGUUGACAGUUGUUGAAA